CAGCGGAUCAGAGCCCUUCCCUGGUCCUCUCCGUGGGAGCCCGCGAGCCGUCUCCCUGAUCUUACGUGCUCAAGAAGCUGUUCUGGAAGUAAAGCAACAUCCCGUGAAGAGACAGAAACCAACCUCAAAAGUACCACAGGAAGAUACAAGCAAGGACACUGGUCCUCAAUUCCAUAAGCCAGCCAAGUUUAAAUGUGAUGGCUGUGCUGCCCCGCCCUCUGCAGCUGCUGGGAGUGCUGCUCACCAUUUCCCUGAGUUCCAUCAGGCUCAUUCAAGCUGGUGCCUACUAUGGAAUCAAGCCGCUGCCACCUCAAAUUCCUCCUCAGAUGCCACCACAAAUUCCACAAUACCAGCCUCUGGGCCAGCAAGCACCUCACAUGCCAUUGGUCAAAGAUGGCCUUGCCAUGGGCAAGGAGCUGCCCCAGAUGCAGUAUGGCAAAGAGUAUCCACAUCUACCCCAAUAUAUGAAGGAAAUUCAACCUGUGCCAAGAAUGGGCAAGGAGGUGGUACCUAAGAAAGGCAAAGUAGAAAUGCCAUUAGCCAGUUUACGAGGAGAACAAGGUCCCCGUGGAGAACCUGGCCCAAGAGGACCACCUGGGCCCCCUGGUUUGCCAGGUCAUGGGAUACCUGGAGUCAAAGGAAAACCAGGACCACAGGGAUAUCCAGGAGUUGGAAAGCCAGGUAUGCCUGGAAUGCCAGGGAAGCCAGGAGCCAUGGGAAUGCCAGGGGCAAAAGGAGAAAUUGGACCAAAAGGGGAAAUUGGGCCUAUGGGGAUCCCAGGCCCACAAGGACCUCCAGGGCCUCAUGGACUUCCAGGCAUUGGGAAGCCAGGUGGGCCAGGGUUGCCAGGGCAACCAGGAGCAAAGGGUGAUAGAGGACCCAAAGGACCACCAGGACCUCCAGGUCUUCAGGGUCCUAAAGGAGAAAAGGGCUUUGGGAUGCCAGGUUUGCCUGGUCUCAAGGGUCCUCCAGGUAUGCAUGGCCCUCCUGGCCCUGUUGGACUGCCAGGAGUGGGAAAACCAGGAGUGACAGGCUUCCCUGGGCCUCAGGGCCCCUUGGGGAAGCCAGGGCCUCCAGGGGAACCUGGCCCACAAGGCCCUAUUGGAGUACCAGGGGUUCAAGGACCUCCUGGGAUGCCUGGAGUUGGAAAGCCAGGCCAGGAUGGAAUCCCUGGCCAGCCAGGAUUUCCAGGUGGCAAAGGGGAGCAAGGGCUGCCAGGGCUUCCAGGACCUCCAGGCCUUCCAGGAGUUGGGAAACCAGGCUUCCCAGGACCCAAAGGUGACCGGGGUGUAGGGGGUGUUCCUGGAGCUCUUGGACCAAGAGGGGAGAAAGGACCAGUAGGUGCUCCUGGAAUGGGAGGUCCCCCUGGAGAGCCAGGCCUGCCUGGAAUCCCAGGUCCAAUGGGUCCUCCGGGUGCUAUUGGUUUCCCUGGACCCAAAGGAGAAGGUGGAGUUGUUGGGCCACAGGGACCACCAGGCCCCAAAGGUGAGCCAGGGCUUCAAGGCUUCCCAGGAAAGCCAGGUUUCCUUGGUGAAGUAGGUCCCCCUGGCAUGAGGGGUUUGCCAGGUCCUAUAGGGCCUAAGGGUGAAGCUGGACAUAAAGGACUGCCAGGACUCCCUGGUAUUCCAGGGCUGCUUGGACCAAAGGGAGAACCAGGCAUUCCAGGGGAUCAGGGUCUACAAGGCCCCCCAGGUAUACCAGGGAUUGCAGGGCCUAGUGGUCCCAUCGGACCACCUGGGAUUCCAGGCCCCAAAGGGGAACCUGGCCUCCCAGGGCCCCCUGGAUUCCCUGGUGUAGGGAAGCCAGGAGUGGCAGGACUUCAUGGUCCCCCAGGGAAGCCUGGUGCCCUUGGUCCUCAAGGUCAGCCUGGUCUUCCUGGACCCCCCGGCCCUCCAGGACCCCCAGGGCCCCCAGCAGUGAUGCCCCCUACACCACCACCCCAAGGAGAGUAUCUGCCAGAAGGACUGGGAAUUGAUGGUGUGAAACCACCCCAUGUCUACGGGGCUAAGAAAGGGAAGAAUGGAGGGCCAGCCUAUGAGAUGCCUGCAUUUACUGCCGAGCUGACCUCACCUUUCCCACCGGUCGGGGCCCCGGUGAAGUUUGACAAACUGCUCUAUAAUGGCAGACAGAACUACAACCCACAGACGGGCAUCUUCACCUGUGAAGUUCCAGGCGUCUACUACUUUGCAUACCACGUUCACUGCAAGGGGGGCAACGUGUGGGUUGCUCUGUUCAAGAACAACGAGCCCAUGAUGUAUACGUAUGACGAAUAUAAAAAGGGCUUUCUGGACCAGGCAUCUGGGAGUGCUGUACUGCUGCUCAGGCCGGGAGACCGGGUGUUCCUCCAAAUGCCCUCAGAACAGGCUGCAGGACUGUAUGCUGGGCAGUAUGUACAUUCCUCCUUUUCAGGAUAUUUAUUGUAUCCCAUGUAAAAA